AAGUGGUCACGUGGUACUGGCACACAGAAAUGAGGAUCGUUGCUUUCAGGAGUGUGGUGAAGACAGUGAAGACUCGGCCACUCGGCAUAGUUUGUCGACAUUGAUCGCGCUAUGGUUCGAUAUUGCUCAGUUCCAGGCUGCAAAAGUUAUGCAACCGAUAAGGGCAUAAGCUUUCAUCGUUAUCCCACAGAUCCACUACUUAGGCGCAAAUGGAUAGAUGCACUAAAAGUCAGAUUGUUCCAGUCGCCGUUUGCAUCGGUAUGCUCGAAGCACUUUAAACGGGAGGCUUAUAGGGAACCUCCGCCGUAUCUUCCGAAGGGAGUUUGGGGGAAACGUGGAACGCUGAAACCGUUAGCAGUGCCGUCGGAAAACCUGCCGAGACAUGGGUGGAACCUGCGAUCUCGAAAUAAAAAGAUGGUCAAGUCCCCGAAAGCUACCAUGGGAAGAAUGCCCAGGCCAUGCGUUCGGCUGAAACUGUCGAGGCGCAUCCAGGUUGACCUCAGAAAGCCAACGAGGACAAAGGCCACAUUCCACUUCGUAUGGCGCCACUCAAAAGGUACCCAGACGGAGGAAAUGUACCUCGUCGAUGAGACCAGCAAGGAGCAAAGGUUCAGGGCAACGGCCAGCUACGUCGUCACGGACAGUUGCCUGCUGAAGCUGUUUCGGAAGUGCAGGACUUGCUUGGCGCCUUGUGAUAAGGAGGUCGCCCUGCGCGGCACCAAGCUCGUUCGUGUCACUGCCACGUGUCGCUCCGGACACGUUGCUUCGUGGGCGAGUUAGCGGCGGGCGUCGCUUCUUGGGCUCGCUUGUCUUGAGAGGCAGCAGGUCGAGUGCCUUACAGUGUCUUUCGUAAGUAAGCAAAUUCCGUAGGUCUAUACUUCGUUUCACGAUAACUUGGCAAACUGUAGAGGGGUAGGGCCCGACAACCUAAUAAGGGCGUCGGAGCGAGGCACGUGACCCAACGUCACGGGAGCAUUUGUGUCACCACGCCAAAUGCAAGGCGCGAGGCCCGAAGAAACCGGCUGUCGUCUGCUAGCCAAGAGUCGUCUGCUCCGAAACCAACCAACUUCGGAUGAAUGUACACCGUAGCAACAUAUAUCCGUCCGCUAGAGUAGCGAGCACUUCGGGAAUAGUUCAUGAGACAACUGUACGCUCAAUUUAGCUGCGAAUCUGUCACGGGUGCUAAUAUCAGCGCACAGUGCAAUGUUUUGAGCAGAAACGGUUGAUUACACGGCUGCAAUCGCCGGUGAUUGCCAACGGCCACGGCACUACGAGCUAAAAACAAUCGAGAGGAUACGGAUGUGGAGUCACUUUUUAAAGUGCAGCUCUGAGGCACCCGUUUCGGCAUCGCUGUCGCCAUCGGCAUAACCGCCCCACCACAUUAAGCGGGAAAUUGAAUUGUUGUUAAGGUCAUGUGACAUCAAUUUUCCCGCUAAAUCUAGUGGAGAAACUGAAUUUGUUCAUGGGUGACGUGACACAAAGUUAUGUGACUUUAUUUUCCCCGGUAAAUUUAGCGGGGAAACUGAAUUGGUGUUGAGGUCAUGUGGUGUCAAUUUUCUAGCUAAAUUUAGCGGGGAAACUGUGGGAGGAGGGGAGGGAAUGAAGAGGAGGAGGGGAGAGUACGAAGGAGGGGGAGGGACACACCCUCCCCCCUGUACCCUUCCCUCUUCCUCCUCAAGAGCUGCACUGUAAUUUCGCAUUACAGAGAUUUGUAAACUUCUCAUUUUUGGCUUAAAUAUAACUGAAAAUCAAAUUUGUGAUUAUUUAUUCUUUAUAUCUUCUCGUUAUAGACAGAAUCGCGAGAGUUAAAUUGCCGUUGGAAGAAAAAAGCCUAGAACUACUUUUUGUCGAGGAGGGCUCUGUUGCUGUGGUGGUAACGAGGCCCCAGUGGCCACAACCAUGCAUUGUUAUCACAUGCCUUGCUCCGGUGCCCUUAUUGGGUUGCGGGAGUCGCAGUCUCCACAGUUAGCCAAGUUGUCGGGUUUUAUGUCGUAGUUUUGUCAUUAAAUGUGCCCGUACAGAUUUGCUGAGGUUGAAGGACACUGGUCCCGACGCAAGUGGUGGGGAUCGGUGGCCGCGCGCAUUAACGUGCCAAAGCCCGUAGCACGUGGAGGGAAAGCUCGCACCGCAGAAUCCAGGGAUCCCGGGGUCACUCCCUGCCUCGCAUCUGCUCGGGCUUUUUGCCGGAACUGCUGCGACUAACCGCCAGGAUUGCGGCAUCCGGCCGCGUGACACUCGGGCUUUUGUGACGUCAUUUGUUGCCACGGGCAGAAUGGGACGCUGAAUGCGCCGGUCGGAGACGGGCACCAUAGUCGUGCAGCUCCGGCUAAAUUUCUCGUCUACGGCAGGGACAUCUGAUGCCCAUUGGGGCUGGCUGACUUCUCGCUGUCUAAACAUACAGUGAACCUUUUUCCAGUAAGCUUCCGUGCAUGCGUACACCCCCUCUCCUGGCCUUGCUUCCCGCCGUCACCAUUUUUGCAAAGCAAAGUUCCGGUCGACCAACAUAUUCAGCACCUAUCUUUGCCUGUAUUUCGUUUUUUUUGGCCAUUUUUGCUUGAGUGUACGCUAGUAUGGGUCAUAAAAGGCAACAAAGAUCACUACAACAGCACAAUGCCGAUGUAUUCUGACGGGCGGAGGCAGGUUGGCCUGCCCAACAUUUGUAGUUCGAAGACAACUUUGCAGACGGUGCUCGUUACUGGACAAGGUCCAUUAGUGGCUGCUGUGUGAUGGUAACAAAAUGUGGUGUUCGAGAUCCCCAUCUUGUCGCUUCUGCUCGAAUGUAAGCCGGCACAAAGUAAGCCGGAAGUGUCCAUUUCUCUUUUAGGUCGUUGCAAGGAAAGCUUUCGGCUGUUCUAAGUUAUAGAGCUGGAGUGUUUUUGCUGUAAAUGUCUUCUGCUUUGCGGUGCACCCUCACUGUUUUUAGAACUUUUAAUUUAUUUCGGUGCCUUGCCCCUCUGCUAGAAUCUCUAAAGAGAGCUUGAUGUCACAAUUAACUAUGAGCUGCAAUAUUCUCUCAUGUUUUCCCUCCAUUUGUACAUUAUGGUUAGGAAUAUCACGCAUGCUGCUCUGGUUGUUCUUGGAUCAAACAGGUUUAAUGUGUUCAUCAUUCAUUCAAUGCUUUAUUUCCAAAGUUGUUUUUGAAAAUACACAAACUGUUUGGACCCGUAGCCGUGUAAGGCUAUGGGUUCAAACAGUUGCUGUAAGCCUGACAAUAUUUAAUGGUGGAAUUUAAGCUUUUGUGUUUAAUACUGUUAGUGUACUUAUUUUUAAUGUAUACUCACAUGUGGGGUUGCUCUCCAAUAUAUUUUGCUUCCUGUCUGGCAUAAAAUAAAAUUGCUCGACGCCGUUUCUUUGACUUCUGCUUUAACCGAAUUUUGUAGCUAUUUAUAUACCAACUGUGUGGGCAAGAUUUCGCUCCUGACAAUUCUAGGAGCGAACAACGAGUUUUGAUCGUGCCUUCCAGACAACGAAAAUGAGCUAGGGGACGUGAUUUACUGAAAACUACGCUACAUGGAAAUCAACAAAACUACACGGUGAGGCCGCAAGGACGAGCAUAUUUGGCACGCCCUGCAAAAUUCGAAUUUCAAAAGUACAGAAUGUCACAAAAAAAAAUAUAUAGAUUUUUUUUUUUUUAUUGCAAAAAUAAACUAGGUUUUGCCGAACGCUCAUUCUCCGCCCAAAGGUAGCUCUAGAGGUCACAACCAGAUGUCAAAGUUUCAGCCCGAUCCGAUACCUUAAUCAAAAGUUAUAAGUGAUUUUUUUAAAAUUUCAAUGGAAAAAUGGCAGCCGACAAAGUUUUCGAAUACAUGGGGCUCUGUGACACCAGAAACCGAAAACUGGCAAAAAUGGGCUCCAUUUUCCCAUUGAAAUUUUCAGAAAAUCGCUUUUAACUUUUGAAUAUGGUAUCGGUCUGAAACUCUAGCAUCUGGUUGUGACAUCUAGCGCUACCUUUGGGCAGAAAAUGAGCGUUCGACAAUGCCUAAUUUAUUUUUGCAAUAAAAAAAAAAAAAAAAAAAAAAAGAAAACAAAUUUUUUUUUUUGUGACACCCUGUACAUACCUAAAAUAGGGCGCACGAAUGCAGUUUUGCAAGAAGUUUUGUCUAACUUUUUUAGAGCGCAAGUCGGAGGUAGUGAAAUAUUGAAUAUAAAGCAAGACGGUUAAAAACGCUGAGAAUACCGUAUUAGAGGCUGGCAACGAGUGGGAUAAUCGCGAUAAGUAAUAAUUUUACUAAAAUAUAUGAACAGUGAGUACCUGGAGCAAGCUCCCAAACGAGUAAGCAGACAACAAGCAUGGCAUUAUUAUUAUUAAAAAAAAAAAAAAAAAAGCGCGGCCAGCAUUUUAGCAUUAUUUUUAAAUAUUUGGCAACGCCUAAGUUGAGUUCUAAAAGAAAAGAAAUAUAAAUAAAACUUCUUGCGAAAGGACGUUCGCAUGCCCAGUUUCAUUUAUGUGGCUCCUUGCGGUCUCACCCUGUACGUUCGGAUGAUCAGAUACUUUUUUAAUCGCUUUAAUUCUGGCGGCCAUGCAAUCAUGUCAGUUAUGUUCGAUUAGGUGGUGUUCGAUCAAACGACGUUUUAUGAACACGAAUUCGAUGAAACUGCGUCCAUUCAAAUUUCCGUACCCUCCGGACACCUCCAGAUCGCAAACGAAACAACGAAACCGAAACUAUGAGAUUCUUCCGUCAGGGCUCGGUUACCGUUUGCUAAUAUGAGCAGCACUGUUCGCUAAAAAGUCGUUACAUAGACGUUUUAGUGACACGCAGACGUCGUUAAAGUCGUUCGCUAAUAAAUUUGUUCCACCUUCCACACCACUUACUUCAAAAUACACUCGCUAGGUGACGAGAGUCACCCAGCGAGUGUAUUUUGUAGAGUC